CAAGAACCAAAAUGCAGCCCUAUUGUUAUUGUUCCUUGUGCUGUGCCGGGCAAACAGAGUUUAAAAUGCCCGAACUGGCGCUUACCCAAAACGGACAAGCCAAUUUCUUCUCCCGGCUGUGUUCACGUGCCCCGGACGGGCAAUGAUGCUAUGCUACGCCGUCUGUCUGCGUGUAUAGAGCCGCCUGGUGUGUUGCUGUUGGUGUUGUUGCUUUCUCCUUGGGUCUUUGCAGAUCAGGAGUCUUUCUUUCGGCUUCUCUACCCCCUGUCUUGGCUCCCAUCAGUAUUAGCUUCCAAACUGACUGCCUGCGACCGCCUCGACUUCUCCGAUCAUGACCAGGUAACCAGUAUUAAAGCAUACUACAAAGUGCUUCCCGAUCACCACCUAAUUUAUCCCGUCCGUCCUCAGCCAUAAUGUGGCGGGAUCGAACAAACCUGUAAUUAUACGCCCUUUCUUUCGUUCACGUUGGUGCUGGUGCUGACCGUUGUUCGCCAAAGCUACAUCUCGUACCGCCAGUCUUUCGCGCACCAUCCAACGAAGAAGCCACUCUAUCCUGGCCUAUCCAAUGGCUUCGCUGAGACGGCCGAGGAAAGCCGUCGGCUUAUUUCCGAGUCCGGGGGACUGGAGGAUGAUGGUGAUGCGAUCAUCGAGAUGGAUCUGUUACCACCCCGUUGGGUCGAUAUGCAGGAUGAAGUGACAGAACUGUUAGCAGACAUUGCGCAAAAGUCGGCUCAUCUGGACAAACUUCACCAGAAGCACCUACUUCCGGGAUUUGGGGACGAGGAAGCCAGGAAACAGGAAGAGAGCGUCAUUGAGCGGUUGACGCAGGAAGUCACCCGAGGGUUCUACGAGUGCCAAAAGUCCAUUCAGCGGAUUGAAAUGAUGGUCCGGGAGUCCAGACAUCAGGGCGGAGGAAUAAGCAAUGCGGAGGAGACGAUGGCGAAGAACAUUCAGAUAUCACUCGCUGCUCGGGUUCAGGAGGCUAGUGCUCGAUUCAGGAAGAAACAGAGCACGUAUCUAAAGAGACUUCGAGAACUCGAUGGCUUGGCAUCGCCAUUCGAACGCACACCGACUCCAAUGCAGAAUCCCUACACGGAUCCAUCCCUGAUGGAAUCUGAUGCGGACAAAUCCUUCUCACAGUCGACGCUCAUGCAGACUUCUCAGAAACUCAGUGGACAAGAUGACACUGCUAUUGCGCAGCGAGAGCGGGAGAUCAAUGACAUUGCCAAGGGCAUCAUUGAGCUUUCGGAUAUUUUCCGUGAACUACAAACCAUGGUGAUUGACCAAGGCACAAUGCUAGACCGCAUAGAUUACAACAUAGAAAGGAUGGGAACAGAAGUGCAGGCAGCAAGUAAGGAGCUGAACGUGGCUACCAAUUACCAACGUCGCACGACAAAGCGGAAGAUCCUCCUCCUGUUGUUUCUACUUGUGGUUGGCAUGUUCAUAAUCCUACUCGUCAAACCAAAACGACACCAUUCAUCUGUACCCGAUACUCCUGCUCCUGCGCCUCCUCCCCCUGCUGCACCCCCAUCAGAUAGACAAUCAUCUGACACAGUACUCCUCAUACGGGAAGCUGGCCGGUCCAUUCGACGCUGGAAGCGACCCCCAUCAUUAAAACGGUUCUCGAGGGAUAUAUGGAUUGACCCGGACAUAUUUCGAUGAGAAUUACUUAGUCCGCCAAGAAGGAAAAAAGGGCUAGUAACCUAUCAAUAUUAAAUGAUUCUGAUUUUUUUUGUUACAUGCUAUAUGUUAAGCCAAAGUGCUCUAAUUGUAAAGGAGCCUGGUUGUGUUCAUGAACAUGUAGGAAACUCGAUGAAUAGGUAGAUAGUGAUGAUGCAUCAAAUGCCACGGAUCAAU